AUGGCCCAGGUCCGCGAGCCCCCAUGGCAUCUUCCCCCCAAAGCAGCCAAAACCCUCGCGGCGAGGAACAGCGCUCUCCUGCGCCAAACCCACCUCACCACCCUCACCAUCCACGCCAUCUUCCUCCUCCUUCACUUCCUCUUCCGCCGCCCGCGCUCUCUCACUCCAUACGCCAUUUUUACCAUCCCAACUCUAAUCAUAGAAUUUUACUUUGAGCGCCUAGGCCGCCCGCGCUACAACCCCGGCGACAACUCGCUACGAUCUCCCGGCGAAGAUCUGGAUGCGCCCGGCCUGACGGAGUAUUUCUGGGACGUGCUCUACUGGACCUGGGGGUGCAUGGGUGCCGUGUGCGUUUUUGGCGACAAGGCCUGGUGGCUGUGGGUUGUGGUCCCGCUGUAUUCCGCCUGGUCGGCAUAUACGACGUUUAUGGGCGUGAGGAAGGGAUUUGCCGGUAUGGGUGGGGAUGCUGGCGAUGCUGCUCCAGCUGCGGAUAGUAAAAGGCAGAAGAAGUUGGAAAAGAGAGGGCAGCGGGUAAAGUACCGUUAG